CCACCGACCGUCGCAUUUGUACCUGAAGAGCUACCUAUCGCUACGGAGGAGGGGAGGGACCCAUGGGCUUUCCUCCUGACGACUACGCGGUGGUGCCGACGCCGGUGGUGCUUUUCUUCCUCUUCCUCGCCUACGUCAAAUACGCUGUGUGGGUGCUCCUCCGCUACAUCGGGCUCCACGCCGCGGAGGAGCCGCUCGUCUCCCCCUGGGAGGAGCACGAGUUCUACUUCCCUGACGCCGCCGGUUCCUCGGCGCCACCGCCACCGCCGGAUCCUUCCUCCUUCAAGAAGCGGCUGAGAGUGGUGGAGUUCGACGCCCUGCGGCAGCGGGGGUGCCACGUGGACGACGACCCGACGUGCGUUAUCUGCUUGGGCCAGCUGGAGGCGCGGCACAGGGUGAGGGAGCUCGGCAACUGCGGCCAUGGCUUCCACGUGGAGUGCAUUGAUAGGUGGGUGGACGGCGGCCAGGUGAGGUGCCCGCUGUGCCGGGCCAGCUUGCUGCCACCCGCCGAAGGCGCCGCCGUGGGGAAGGACGGGAAGUGGCGAAGAUUCCUCCGCCGCGUUUGGUAGGGCGUUAAUUAAUUAGUUAAUUAUGCAGAUCGAAGACCUAAUGGCGGAUUAAUUAUUUGGAAAUUGAUAUUCUUUUCCUUUAAGUUGAUUUGGUGAAAGUUGUUUUGGUGGAGUAUUCAAUCAACGUCAAUUGCCGACAAUGAGCAUUAAUUUCGAAUACAA